AUGAUUCCUUCUCAGAAGAACGAAGACUCUCAAGGAACGAAUGGACACUCUUCAACAAAGGAGGAAGCCUCUUCAAAAGGAAUGAAAACCAUGAUGAUGAUUCAUACGGUUGCUCCUCAUUCAUCCUCAACUCAUGAAAAGGAUGGUUUGCAACAACUCUCUCCAGAAUUUCUGUUCCGAAGAAGUGCUUAUUCCCGAGACUCAUUCAAAACCACAACAACUUCACCUCCGUCGACCACAUCACCGACGAGUACCUCUCAAAUUCUCAAUCCGAGCACUCCAUUCUUCUUUCCGUCGUAUGGUACUAGUCUUCAAGAGAUGCAACAACAGCAGCAGCAGUAUCAUCAUCAUGACGAAGCCUUUUCUUAUCAUGCUCCAGCCUUUUCAAGAGAAGAAAGCCAUUUGCCCCGAGUCAAGAAUUUAUUUGGUGUACCCACUCCUCGAUUUUGUUCCUACAUUGUAAAGGGUGUACACGAAGUAUAUACCACGAUUGGUCCUAAUAUUUGUGGAUGGAAUCUAUUGCAUAACAAAUCGGUGGAGGAGGUGGAACAAUUGACCUUUGAACAAGUUCAACAAUUUUCAGAAGGUGUGAGUCAUAAACGAUUUCUAAAUUUUUGUGCACAUGAAAAUCUCAUUACCAUCAUGCAACAAAAUCCACAAUACCAAGACGUGGUGGUUUCUGUUUGUUAUGCAGGGGAGCUCAAAGUUUGGUUGUUCGAUCAUACUUUUAGUCCUUUCAAUGGCAAUAUGGAUGAGAAUGGAAAUCCUUUCAAGUGCAUUGGAGUGAUGGACCGAAUUCCACACUCCCAUCGUUGCCAAUGUGGUUUUUGGAGCAUGGAUGGAACCAAGUUUCUUGUUUGUAGUGAGGGAUAUGGUGGAAGAUUGAGCGUUUUCAACUUCGAUCCAGAAACAUACACCUUAACUCUAAUCGACCAGAUGGUUGGCUAUUAUCCAAUGGCUUCAUUUAUCACUCCUGAAAAUAACCCAGAGAACAGACUUUUCAUUCUGAGUGUUGAGCAGAUCAAGCAAAAGAAAGAGUGUGGCGUUUCUGUGAACUUGUUUGAAGUUAUAGCCUCUAAUUCUGUUACACGUGUGCACAGCUUGGUGUUGAAUACGAGUGGGCCUCUGUGCACUACCAUGCAGGUCAAUCCAAGUGGCAAUUUGGUUGCAUUUGCUCUUCAAGAUAGAAAUAUUAGAAUUUUUAGAGUGAGCGAACAGUUUUAUAUUGAAGAAUGUUGCAACUUUACAGCAAUAGGAAGAGGUACAAUUUUUAUGAUGCUAAUUAAUAAGGCAAAUCAAUUGAGUUUACACAAUUGCGAGAAAAAAACAAUUGAUACCUAUCAAAUUGUUACAUCACGCAAAGACAAAUAUGAAGCCACUCUUAUUUCUCAGCAUUCGCUGAACUCUUCAGCAAUUUCUUUAUAUUUUUUUAUGUGGAUCAAUAGUAGCAUGAUAUGGACCUAUAUCGAUUCUGAGUUUUCACUGGUUAAGGUUAAGAAUGAUCCCUCAAUCUCUUCCAUACAAGCAGGAAAAAGAAUGUCCUUUUUACGUUUUCACGACUUGACAUGCUGUGGUAUCGAUUUUUCACCAGACGGAGAAUAUAUGGUCACUGGAGACUUUUUAGGCCAAGUCAUGCUGUGGAAAACAGAUAGCACUUCUCAUGAGCCUCUAAUGACCUGUGUUGUUCCAGGUUCAAUCAGAGCCAUCUGCUGCAAGUGGCAUGAAAAUUGUUGGACUAACUUUGAUGAAGAUCCUACAAUGAUUAGACGAAUUUUAUCAGUAUUUAUUGGAUCAUUGGACAAGAACGUACACUGUUGGAACAUUUCACUAGACACGCUUGAGACUAUUGAUGAUCCUUUUAACAAUAUCAACUUUUCACUAACAUCAGAUAUCGUUUGCCUUAGAUGGUGUAAUGGUAUUUGUCCUAGACUUUUAGCAUGUGGUAGCAGUAAUGGAAUGCUUUGUGUAAUGGAAGACAAUGCAAGAGAGUCUCCAAUUCUAAAAAUCAAAUUGGCAAUUAUUGGCCACAAACCUAUUUUCCAUAACACUGAUAGCCGUUUUGGAUCUAUUUCACAAUAUUCAGAGAUUUGGAGCGUGUGUUUUUCUCCUUGUAACAAGUAUGUUGUUACAUGUAGUGAAGAUCAAACCACAAGAAUUUUUGAUCUACUUGGAAAUCAAAUUCAUUCCCUAACUGGGCACACAACAGCUGUGACUUCCGUUGAAUGGAAAUAUAUUAAGGGAAUUGGAGAAGUCAUUUGUACUUGUGCUGAUGACAGAAGUGUGAUGAUUUGGAGACUGAACACUCAAUAUGCUGACAAAGAUAAGCACUACCAUCACUAUCAUCAAUUAUAUGAAUUGGAGAAACAGCAACGAAAAAUGGAUACAGAAUUUGAUGACGACGAUUUUGAUAAGCAAGAACGUCACUCCAUGGACAGAUGGGGCCUUUAUCAUGUGUUCAGAACUGACCAUUAUGGACUUGAUUGGCACACACUCACCUAUUUACAAAUUGAACCCAAAGGACAUCGUUUAGCAGCAUGCACCCAAAAUGGAUUUGUUUUUGUGUGGGAUCUGAGGUUACGCAAGUUAUUGUCAUUUGGAAAAGCUCAUCAAGGUUCAUGUGAAGGGCUCAGAUGGAAUGAGGAUCGAAAUUUGUUGGCCACUUGUAGUAGUGACUGCACCAUUAACAUUUUUGAUAUGAAUCAUCCAUGA